GAGUAGUCCAUGGAUCAUGCGAUCCAUCCAUGCCUCUGCAUUCAGUUCAGUCCACUGUGUGCGAGUAGCUGGAGCUUCAACACAGUAACUUGGAGUAACGUCACGCAAAUGGGAAUUGCGUCUCCAUUUAGUGACAUACCCCGAGGAUCGUCGGACUGCAGGGGAACUUCAGAAUUGAACAUUGUAUGAACAUCGUACACGCUAACGCCGAUUUUGAAGUGCUGCAGUGUUAUCGAAGCUUACGUCUCUUUCAAACACAACCCAUCUCAUUCGCCCACACUUCACCUCAGGGCUAGGCUGCCAGCACAUAAUGCCGCACCAGCCAACACAUCGAACGACUCUAUCAUAUAUCAAUGCACCCAUCCAUUUCAGUUCUGGCCAAUUCCGAGGAAGAUGCGUGCGUGCAGAGCUCGUCGAGAUACAGAAAGCAGACCUAGGGCGAAAGUAUGCUCGUGUAGACCGACGCCCUCUCGACCCACCACCAGUGGUCCAACUCAGGUUAUACCACAUACACAAUGAGGGUACUGACCAUGAAUCCGAACAAGAAGUUCAAGACUACGACGACGUACAAAACCUUGGAUUACUCUGCAAUGUCGAUUUAUUUCCAGUACCUACUCAGCCCGAUAGCUCGUCUGAGCCAGGCUCCCUCCCCCGUCUCCCUCACCAACUUUCGCCAGAAGUGCAACCCGUUCGCCCCUCCUCUGGCAGCUAUGCACUACCUUCAAUCUUGUCUACCGAUCAAUUUCCUCCCUCAAGCAGUUCGAGUAAAGUUCCCGUGUCAGGUACUAAGCUCCCCCACCUUCCUCCCUAUAUCCAUCCCGACCCAUUCCAAAUUUCCGAAAACAUGAAAUGUACUAUGGCACUCUCAGGCGCUACCUUCGUUCAGCCGGCUUGUAUAGACCAUGAAGGCAAGAGAGCCGUUGUCUUUCCAUUUGCUGACCUUGCGGUGAAAAUCGAGGGCGAUUUCUUCCUCCGCUACCGCGUUUUCGAUCUCUUUUCGCGCACAGUAGAUCUAACAGAUGUGCCGGUGCAGGCUGAGUGCUAUGGCGGUUCAUUCCACAUAUAUUCAACCAAAGAAUUCCCUGGUUUACAACCUUCAACAGAGCUAUCUAAGCAACUCUCUAGAUAUGGUGUACGACUCAAUACCCGCGAGACGGAGCGCAAGCGCAAGAAAAAGGUUUCCGAAAGUAGCGUCAUUCCAUCUCGAAUAAGUAGACGCAGAGUCACAAGGAUUACGCAGAGCGGGAGCGAGCGUGAUUGAAUUUUCUUUGAGAUUAUGGAUGAGGACGAUUACAUUCAAGGGACUUGGCAUGUUCAUUUGGUUCUCUCCCGCAAAAAUUUCAUUAUAUCCUACAGUAGCAUAUGUGCACAUACACGGAUCGAGCAUGUAUACACUGUUUUGCUCUUGACUUGAUUGAUCCUGUUCGUGUGAGGUCUACGCUAGCAUGUUCACUGCCCACACGAAUGGAAAAUCUGG